AUGUGGCUUCCCUUGUUCAAGAGCUUCAAUGCCUGCCGCCUUUCCUCACGUCGGGAUCCUCUUGAAGACAAUAAAGUGGAUAACCACAGCAACCUAAACUUUGGUUAUUAUGAAGAUAGUCCGAACCGCGUGGCUGGUGAAAUGAAAAGAUUUCACACCUUAAACGAUUUUGAAGAAUGUCUAAAAAAUAUGAGUGACCAGCCAGUUUUAGAAAAUGAAUGUGAUACAUGUUGUGGUGACCAACUUGAUAGUGUAAUCGAUGAUUUCACGAAUAAUGGGGCCCAUUCUGCCGUUGGUAAAGAGUGUGAUGAUUACUUUGUGCCUCCAAAAAAACAGAAAUUUUCAGCUUGUUCGGUCCGGAGGUUUGUCCUUUUGGGUGAGUUUGACAUCAACAAAACGCCUAUGGGCUAUACUGAUGUUAGUUUAGAUUUACCCCAGCAACUAAACGUCUUAUGUUGA